AUGCCAGCAGAUGCUACAGAGAUCCUACCACCGCUUCUCCCCGUCUCGCCUGAGGAUUAUGGAGCGUGGGUGAUCACCGUGAGUACCAUCUUAUUGAUCGUCACGGCUUUGGCGACUACUGUGACGCUUAUCUCCCGGGUGAGAAUCCUUCACUCGCUGAGUUGGAGUGAUAUAUUCCUCAUUGCGGCAAUGGUGUUUUUCAUUCCUCAAACCACCUGUGUGAAUAUUGCUAGUUCGAACGGUAUCGGUAAGCACAGAAAGAUUUUGAGUGAUGUGAUGUUUGAAUCUUAUAGCAAUUUUCUGUACGCAAGUCAGAUCCUCUCCGUCGUCGUGUUAGCUUGCUCCAAAGCGUCCGUUGCACUCCUCCUGAUCUCCAUAAAGCCGUUUAGUGUAGCCCUUCUCGCGUGUAAGAUGCUUCUAGGGUUGAUUGGAGCCUGGACCAUUGCCUUUACAAUCGCUCUAGCAGUUGAAUGUGCGCAAACCCAGGUGUGGGACCUCAACCUCGGCAGACGCAUGAACGAAGAAGCACUUUACACGGGUCUGGCUGUGAGUCACAUACUGCUUGACAUAGGGCUCGUCGUAUUACCUAUGACCCUGAUGUGGAAGGUCCAGAUGUCGCAGUGGAAGUGCUUCCAAAUCUGCGCUCUCUUUGGACUACGCGUCCUGGUGCCUGUCCUGACUAUACCAUAUAUCAUGUCUCUUCGCCCUGUUUUCCACUCAACGCCCCUGGACCAAUCGUGGCAUAUCCUCAUGCCAACAAUAUGGCUACAAUUGAUACAAAGUGCCUCUAUCCUUUGCACGUGUAUCCCAAGCCUCAAGCGGGCGCUCGCCGAGCUACAAACCGGGAUGAUGGCUGGUACUGUUUCGGAAUUUUUCGAACUUUCAGUCUCUGGGGCACAUAGCACGAUAGAGGGUUCUACGUCAAAAUCAGGAAGACAGAGCGCGAAUGGGGCCGGGCAUUCCGGACUAAACUCAGGGAACUUGAAAGGCCUAUGUCACGGCGAGCACAGAAGGAUGAUAGAACCCAGUGAGAGCAUGCGAGAUCUUAGAGAGGGUUCUAUAGUUCAGACCAGCGAGUAUGAUGUGCGCUGGGAGCUAGUCGUACAGCUCGUCUGCGUACAGGGCUACCUGAUCGAUACGUACCAGGUAUACGCGGGCGAGCGCAAUGGCGAGUGUGAUGCUUCUAAGGAAUUUAUUGGGGUUUGGGUUGCCGCUGGUGGCGCCUAG